GCUACUCAUAAGAUUCUUAUCAUAUGUGUCAUAUUCAGCGUUGAGGCUUUGGCUGUAACAAAGAGAAAACAAAGAAGCCAAAACAUGUAAAAGCUCCUGAACCAAGCGGUGCAUGGCCCAUCAUCGGCCAUCUUCACCUUCUCGGUGGCAAAGAAAAACUUCUCUACCGGACCUUAGGAGAAAUGGCUAACCAUUACGGUCCAGCCAUGUCGUUACGACUCGGGAGCAGUAAAGCAUUUGUUGUGAGCAGUUUUGAGGUGGCUAAAGAGUGUUUCACUGUGAACGACAAAGCCUUGGCUUCACGACCUAUGACUGCAGCCGCAAAGCAUAUGGGUUACAAUUAUGCUGUCUUCGGGUUUGCACCUUACAGCUCUUUUUGGCGCGAGAUGCGUAAGAUCGCAACCAUCGAGCUACUUUCUAACCGACGCCUUCAGAUGCUCAAGCAUGUCCGUGUCUCAGAAAUCUCAAUGGGUGUGAAAGAUUUGUAUUCCUUGUGGGUCAAGAAAGGUGGUUCAGAACCAGUAAUGGUUGAUCUAAAGAGGUGGUUAGAGGACAUGACACUGAACAUGAUCGUAAGAAUGGUGGCUGGAAAACGAUACUUCGGUGGUGGCUCAGCAACCCCUGAAGAGACCGAGGAGGCGAGGCAAUGCCAAAAGGCCAUCACAAAGUUCUUUCACCUCAUUGGUAUAUUCACGAUGUCUGAUGCUUUUCCGACAUUAGGGUGGUUUGAUCUGCAAGGACAUGAGAAGGAGAUGAAAAAAACGGGUAGCGAACUAGAUGUGAUUCUCGAGAGAUGGAUUGAUAACCAUCGGCAGCAGCGAAAAUUUUCAGGAAAUAAAGAGAACGAUUCAGACUUCAUUGAUGUUAUGUUGUCACUUGCGGAACAAGGCAAACUCUCCCAUCUUCAGUAUGAUGCAAAUACUAGCAUUAAAUCUACCUGCCUGGCACUGAUUCUUGGAGGAAGUGACACAACAGCUUCAACCCUCACAUGGGCCAUUGCUCUUCUUCUAAACAACAGAGACAUGUUAAAGAAAGCGCAAGAUGAGAUAGACCUCCACGUUGGCACAGACAGGAAUGUCGAGGAUUCAGACAUAGAAAAUCUGGUGUAUCUUCAAGCGAUCAUCAAAGAAACAUUGAGACUGUAUCCAGCUGGUCCUCUCUUAGGCCCUCGAGAGGCGUUGGAAGAUUGCACAGUCGCAGGUUACCACGUUUCUUGCGGCACAAGACUGAUAGUAAACGUAUGGAAAAUCCAAAGAGAUCCAAACGUUUGGGUAGAACCAAACGAGUUCAGACCAGAGAGGUUUCUUACAGGAGAAGCGAAAGAGUUUGACGUUAGAGGACAGAACUUUGAGCUGAUCCCAUUUGGUUCGGGAAGAAGAUCAUGCCCAGGGUCUUCCUUGGCUAUGCAAGUGCUUCAUCUAGGUCUUGCUCGUUUUCUUCAUUCGUUUGAAGUGAGAACUGAUUCGGAUUUGGCUGUUGAUAUGAGUGAAAGUCCUGGCUUGACCAUUCCUAAAGCAACGCCUCUUGAGGUUCUGAUCAGUCCACGUCUUGAGAAACAUCUUUUCGUGUGA